GACUCUUGCUUUACCAUUGACCCCGCAGAAUGGUGAAGCGUUUGGCGUCGCCUUCUUCCAGUUCCGGCAAGAAGCAGCGCGUCGAAGAGCCUAGUGAAGUCAUGCAAAACACUCUCCAGACUACCGUGAAGCUCACACCAGCCGAGGAAAAACUCUUCGCCUUUCUAGUGGACGUGGCUGCUCAGCCCGCAGCCGACGGUGCUGUGCUCCGCGUUGCUGGCGGUUGGGUACGCGACAAGCUUCUGGGUCGAGACAGCGACGAUGUGGACAUCGUACUGGAUCGUAUGACUGGGCGUGCCUUCGCGGACCUAGUGAACGCGUACGAGACGGCGCAAGGCCGUACAGCGCGAGCUGUGGGUGUCAUCAAGGCCAACCCGGACCAGAGCAAGCACUUGGAGACAGCCACCAUGCAAAUCGGCGAGAAUAUGGGCUGGGUAGACUUUGUCAACCUCCGAGCUGAGACCUACGCGUCCGAGGACAACCGCAUUCCGACCGUGGAGAUCGGUACGCCUCAGCAGGACGCCGAGCGCCGUGACUUCACCAUCAAUAGUCUCUUUUACAACUUGGCUACGAAGCAGGUCGAGGACUACACUGGCCGAGGUAUCGAGGACUUGAGGAACGGACGUCUGCGCACUCCUCUAGAACCACGGGUUACAUUCCUGGAUGAUCCGCUACGUGUUCUGCGUGCCGUGCGCUUUGCGUCCCGGUUUAACUGCACAUUGGAGGACGAUCUGCGUGCUGCAGCACAACUGGAGGAAGUUAGAGUGGCGCUCAUACGUAAAGUGAGUCGCGAGCGUGUGGGUAAGGAGCUCUCCGGUAUGCUCAGGGGUAGUGCUGCGCAUCCUGAACGUGCGCUGUGCCUGCUACACGACCUGCACCUCUGCGAGAGCGUGUUCCUGCCCUCGGCUCUGCUGGAAAAGACGCCCGUUUGUCGUCCGAAUGGCGAGGUGGAGGAACUUGAUGCAAACGUGUGGGAUCGUUGCUAUGCUUACGUGUCCGAGAUGUAUCGCCACUUGUCUUCGGAUGGGGUUCUGGACGUCGACAAUCUAUCAGCGGAGAAGAAGCAUGAGCUGCUUGUCCGUAUUUUGGCUUCUCUCUUGCUGCCGUUCUGUGGUCUAUGUGUGCGUGAUAAGCGCCGUCGAUCAAUCGCUACUUUUGUCGUCCAAGACUCGCUCAAGCUGCCCAAUCGUGAUGCAAAGGAUGUGGACAAUGUAUUGACUCACGUUGGUAAACUCCAGGAGGCAACAGUAAAUGCCUUUGACCGUGUGGAAGUGGGUCUUCUUAUUCGCAGUAUUGGUGCCCAGUGGGAAAUCUGUCGUGAUGCUGCGCUGGUGCAAGAACUCACGGAUGCCGGAUCGGUAGAUGGAGCUGCAGAGGCCCGUGACACGGUAUCGAAGCGGUACGAUACUUUCAGCUCACAGGUCCGAGAAGCUGGCUUAGACGGUGUAUGGGAACUCAAGCCGCUGCUCAAUGGAAAUGAUUUGGUGAAGCAACUUGGCGUGAAACCAGGUCCGCAUAUGAAGGAGCUGCUCGAUCGUAUUAUGGCGUGGCAACUCUCCAACCCCGAGAAAACUCGCGACGAGUGCAUGGAGCACUUCAAGGCAGUUGUUGCUGCUGAGGCGAAGUAACGUUACAGCAAUAGAAACAAUUGGAUGUAGGUAGUCGGAUUAGUAGAUAUACAGAUGCAGGUUGCACUCCUUUCUAUCUAGAUGACGACGCUAAAGUCAUUGCGCUUGUCGCCUGACACCAGCAGCUUGUGUG